UCAGCAUCCAUUCUACAAACUCCUGGUCAUAAAAUCCUGAGUUACUCCUUGUGACUGAGGUGGUUCUCUCCUGGAGUUUUACUGAGGCUCCAUUACUGUGAACAUCAACAUGAUCAUUUCUCCUGCUGUCUGUGCAGCUGAUCUUUUGUGUUUUUCUCAGUCUACAAGGUGGAGGUGGAUUCAGGAGUGGAGUCUGUUCUGCUGCCCUUUAAGACUACAGUCAGUCUGACUGGAGGUGUCACAGUAACGUGGAGAAACAACAGGAACAGGGUGGUCGACAGUAAUUGCUUUAAAGAAGAUCAACAACACAAGCAGUUUAUAAACAGAACAGAGAUGAAGGAAAGUUAUAUAUUUAGAAACUUCAGUUUGACCCUGAAGAAUCCCACAGACAGAGACUCAGGAACAUACAGCUGCACCGUCUAUGAUUACAAGUCAGGAAAAAUCCUGGCUAAGAAACAAGUGCUGCUCAAGGUCAAAGCUGACUCUCUGAUCAUGGCCAUAGACUUUGGUUCAGGAUACAGCGGCUACGCCUUCAAUCUAAAACCCAGAGAGGAAGGAGGUGAGACCCAGUUAAAGAGAUGGGGUAAAGAACUUGGACUGGACUCCCUAAAGACUCCAACCUGCAUCCUGUUUGAUGAAGAUAAACAAUUCCUGAAGUUUGGUUAUGAAGCUAAAACAGCGUACAGCAACAUGAGACGAGAAGAAGCUGAAAAACAUUAUUUCUUUGAAGACUUCAAGUGGAAUAUCCUGUACAUAGUAAGUAACAUUAAAGAUCUGCAGCCAGAGCUUCUUCUGCCUUGGACCCUGCUGUGUCCUCUAUAUAUGAAUUAA